AUUCAGGAAAUUUAAAAAAUUUAAUUUAAAAAAUAAAUCUGUUAAAAUUCUAAAAUAUUUUGAAAUAUUUUAAAUUUAAUAAAUCGAUAAGAUUCUAAUCUCUGUUAAUAAAAAAUGCAAGAUUUAUGUCCACUUUGUUUAAAAAGUGGCAUUAAAAAGAAAAUAAAAUUAUUACAAAUUAAUUUACAAGAAGCUGUAUGGAUGUGUGAAGAAGAAAAGUGUAUAUGGCCUCUUGGAUAUGAAGAUUUUCUAUUUUGUCCAAGAGCAGUGGGAAAAAUCUGGUCUUGUUAUUGGGAUGAUUAUAAACCAACAAUAACAAAAUUAAAAGAAAAUAUAACAUCAACAAAAUCAUCAUUAUGUAAUACACUUAUAUCACCAAUGAAACAAACAUCAAAAGAAACGAUUGAUGAUUUAAGUAUGUAUUACAUAGAAAAUAUUAAUAUUACAAAUAAUGACUCAAAUAUAAUAAAUUCAAAAACUAUUCUUGAUCAAUCUACUUCUGUUCUUGAAAGAUCAAAUAUGAUAGGAAAUAUUGAUAUUAAAAAACAAUACAAUGAUAAUAAUAUUAUUUUAAAUAAAGAAAUUAAUAAUAUAAAUAUACAUAAUAAAAAUUUUCAAUUAAAUGACAAUGAUACAGAAAAUAUAAAAAUUAAAAAUGAAUGGAUAAAUACAUUAAGUAAAAAUAUUAAAGAAGAAAAUAUUAGUUCAAUAGAAAAUAUUAAAAAUGUAAAUAGAAGAACUCCAAAAAUAACAAAUGUUGAAAAAACAAAUAUUGAUAUUUCUAGUAUUAAUGUAGGAAAUCAAAUUUCUGUCUAUCAGGAUUCAAAUAAAAAAAUUUUAAAUAUUGAACCUAAAGAUAUUGCAGAAACUAAAUUAAUAUCAAAAAUUGAAACAUUACCAAAUUUAGAAUCAAAUAAAAAUAGUGAAAGUGUAUUAAAAUCUAAUUUAAAUGUCACUAAAAUGGAAAUAGAUGGCUUACCACCUAUAACAUUAUCUUUUGAAAUUCCACUAUGUACUACAACUACUAAAACAGUCAAAAAUAUAAUACAAAAGACUGAUUAUAAAAGUAAUAAUACAAAAUCAAAUUCUUUAGAAAUAAAAAAUACAUUUGUAAAAAGAAAUAUAACUAGUGGUAAACAAUAUGAAAAAUUUAGUUUUAGUGCUAUUAAGAAAAAUAAAGAAUCAAGUAAUUCUAAUAUUAUUAAUAAUAUUAACAAUAAUUCUUUAAAUAUGAAAACAAACCCAACAGUUAAAACAGAAAAUUACUUAACAGAAACAAACAUAAAUGCUGCUUCUAUAGCAAAUCAAUUUAAUAAUUCUAUAACUUCAUUCAAUCAAGAAAAUAUAACAUCUGAUAUUUUAGCUACAAAUAAUAGUAUAAAUAUAGAUACUGUUUUAGAAGAUUAUUUAACUAAUGAUUAUAAUGUUUCUGAAGAUAUAAAUGAUGAGUGGAUAAAUUCUUUGUUGAGCUAACAUCUAUAAUAUAUAUACUUAUAAAAAUUCAAAUUUAUGAUUACAUAUAUAAGGUACAUAAUAUUAUUAAAUUAUUUUAUAUGAAAUAUAUUUCAUAAAUAUUUCAUAUCUCAUAUUUAAAUUAAUUGUAUUUGUAAUUACAAAUAAAAUUUUA